GCGGCGGCGCCUCCAGCUUGCCCAGUGCCGCCCAGCCUGUCUCCCCCGCCACCGCCGGCCGUGGUGCCCCCCGUGAAGGGACCUGCCGCGAGCGAGCAAUGGAGAAUACAACUUCAAGUAUAGAAUCUGAAUACAUCAAGAACCUCCAGCAACAAAUCUACUUCCUUGAACUGGAAGCCAAUUUUCUGCGUGAACAGACUAAAAAAGCCACUGAUCUUCAACCCCGCAUUACCUCUGAAACUGAACACUUGCUUCAAAAGCUACAGGAAUUACAGUCCCAAGCUGAUGGCCUCCAUUUGGAACUCAAGCGAAAGGAAGCCAGUUUAAAUAUGCUGAAAACAGACAGAGAACGAAUUAAUAACCAGAUCAAUAUUGCAGCUGAACUUCAUUCUAGAGAGAAGCAGGCUUUAGUAGAGGAGAUCAUACAACUGAAGAGAAGGAAGGAACAGACAGACAGACAGGCCUCUGAAAAGGAAAUGGAGAUAUUGCGUGCCAGGCAGGAAUUAGAACAGCAACAAACCAAUCUGAGUAAUUGUGAACAGAAAAUCCUUGUGAUACAGUCAAAGUUGAAGCAACGGUCAGAGCAGCGGACGGCAAUAGAGUUGCAGCUUUCUGAAAAGAGAAAGGAACUUAUGAAAGUGCAGUUUGCUGUGCAUGAAAUGGAAGACAAAGUAUUUAAAAAAACUGCAAUGAUGCAAGACCAGAUCACACAUGACAUCAGAAGUGAGAUAAGUUUUCUUCAUCAGCAGUUGAGAGAGAAAGAACUACUGGCAGAGCAGGAUCGUUUCUUAAGAAGCAAAAUGAUGGAUGAUUAUGCAUCCCUGACCACAGAGACUGCUGUGCUGCGUUCCCAACUCUUGGAACUUAACAAGCAACUGAACAUAGAGAGAGCCCUCAGGGAAGAGAGUUAUACAUCUCAGUCUUCCAGCUUUACUCAACUUCUCAAAGUGAAAGACCAAGAAGAGCAUCUGAAACAUGAGAUCAAGAUGCACCAAGAUCUCUUGCAGCAGGAAAAAAAAAACUUGCAGGAACUUACGGAAAAGAUUCAUAUUUUGGAACAAGGAAGCACAUCUCUUGACUUAAAUGUAGCAACAAUAUUUAGUCGAAUAGCUGAAAUGAAGGGUAUGCUGGACAAAGAGGAACAGGAUAAUAUUGAACUACAAAGAGAUAAAGCUUUGUUGGUAGAUCUUGUAUCUAGUUUACAAAACCAGCUUGUUGGGAGGGACAAUGAAUUCUCGCAAACAUCUACUAAGAUGCUGCAGCUUGAUCAGGAUAUUUCAGCACUGAAAACAAAGAUCGACACAGCUACACCACUACUGCAUAUUGACUUAAAUAGUACUUCUGUGCAGAGAUCUACUUAUGGAAGAAUGUCUCCUUAUUUGAAAAGAUAUGAAACACUGCAAUCAAUUUUUCUUACAUUCAGCAUACUGCUGUCACCGUUGCAUGAGUAGUAAACUCUUCUGUGCAGUCAAAAGAGAUGUACAAAUCAUAAAUGGGGCACGCUUGCCGGAAAAAAUCUAUUCAUAUUUUACAAUCAUUCAAAUUCAAAAGCAGCAGCCUAUGCAUAUUAAAAGGAACGUUUUUUUCAAAUGUAUAUAAAUUAAGGCUGCCUUGGGCAGAUCUGGCACUUUCAAGUUUUGUCUUAAAAACAAAGUUGAGCUGUAAUAUGAAAUCUGUACUUU